CAAUCAUGUAUGUUGAAUACUUUUAUGUGUGACUUGGAACAGAUUACAAACGAGGUUGAAGCUUUGACUACAAAAGCUUCAGCGCCGGUUGAAUCUGAAUAUUGUGUGUAAAGGCCAAAAAGAUCAAAAGGCAAACUAGCCAAGAUGUAUGUCUUAAUCUUUCAUAUCUAGAAGUGUUGAGGCAAGCUAACCACAAUGUAUGUUUCAGUUGCUGAGCAAGAAACCUUAAGAGGAACUAGUACUAACCAAGCUAACCACUAUGGGUGUUUCGGUUGCUGCAAUGAGAAGUAUUAAGAGGAGCUGGUAUCGACCAAGACGUAUGCUUAUACCGCAAGUAACCAAUAUGUGAGUUUUUAAUACGAGCUAAGCAAGCUGUAUGCCUUAUUUGCAGAAGUAGAAUCAUUAAAGGGAGUUAGUGUGAAGGUCUUGAAGUAUAAAUUGGUAAAAUGUGUUAAAAGUAGUUGAGAGGGCGUAGCCCGUAGAUGACUAAUGUAUUUUAUACUUUGACAAACAAGGAGAUGUUUCAUGUCAGGAAAAGGAUGUGACCGGACUAUAUAUAUUGGAAGUUGUACAACAGAAAAUUGCCACAUCUCGGGUGAAGACUAUACUCGCUUUUAUGUUCUUUGUAAUUCUUCAUUCUGUAUCUUGUUAUUAAACCGAAGCCAUUGUAUUUGGCAAUUCAUAAACCUCCCUAAACAAGUCUCAGAGUGAAAUUACUUUUACAUAAAACUAUUAUCUGAACCUGUAAUUAAUUUACUCCAUCGAGCCUCAAGAGCACCAGACCCUGACUGAGCUGGUGUGGACUCCACCUUGAAACCUUUGAUCGUCAUACAACGCUCUCAAUCCAAGGCUUUGAUCACCAGCACAAUGUUUGGAGGCUGUGGUGUUGGAAGAUGGACCACUGUGAAACCUGUCACUCCAGAAGUGGAGAAGAUCUGCUGUGAGGUGAAGUCAGACAUAGAGAAGAUGGUUGGAGCUAAUUUUGAGGCUUACAUUCCUUUAAGCUUUGCUUCUCGUAUUGUGUCAGGGAAAGACUAUCUGGUGAAGGUGUACGUUGGAGUGGAUAAGUGCGUUCAUGCAAUGAUAUCUCAGGCUCUCCCCUGCAAUGGAGAGGAAUUGACUGUGAAUGGAGUCCAGCACCCUAAAACCCCCAGUGAACCUCUGAUCCCAUUUGGUCACUAACCACAUGCAGAAAACAGUCUGUCUUCUCUAAUAACAGACACACACAAUCUGCCAUACUGUAUAGAGGAAAUAUUGAAAACUGUUUCAUUCCUCAAUAUUAAACUCAAUCUUCAAACCCUCA